AGGCUGUGAAAAAAAAGGAAAGAAAGACAAAACAGUACUGUCUGUAGUGUUUCGAGGACCCGCUUUCUGUGCGUCGACUGGGGGCAAUGUGUGCCGACAGGCGUCGAUAGUGCUACGCCGUCACGUCGCUGCUGUGUCCACGGAGUUGUGAAACCUACAGAUUCAGUUCUGGCAGCUAUAGUGACUAGCGGAUAUUCCCGUGAAAAUCGUCCCGCGCCGUGACGUCGCAGCGCCUCUGCCGAUGCUACACUUGACGGGGAACGUGCAAAGUCGACGCCCGUCAUUAACUCCGGCGCAGUUCGCAGUUAGCGGAGGCCCGCUAACCCGCGUAACGGCACCGCCGCAUUCUUUCGGUUCGGGCGGAGCGCUGGCGGCUAGCAGUAACAGUGGAUGUGUAUCCGGCGCCUCUUCGCCGAAUCCGAACGCGUCGGCGACGACCCGGCGAGGAAAACGGAGCGGACGAUGACGCGCCGAGUGACAGUGGGUAGGGAGCGUUGCGACACCUGUUCGACGCACUGCGCGUGCGCGCGCCGCGUGUGCCAUCUUUGAAGUCGACGUUCCUUGCCCGACGCCAGCUGUUCGUGCGCAAUUAGCAGCGGAUUCUUUGUGGGGAUGGAUUGCGUGCGGCGUUUUGGCUGCAGUGUUUGUGUUCGUGUGUUCCUCAGAGGAAUUAAUGCUUAAUGCAGUGAGAUGCCUCGCGUGAGGAUGUUUAGAAGUGGUAGUUAAAGCUCGUAGUGAUACUUUUGGUGUUAAGUUAAAAGAGGAGUGUUUCGAAGUGAAGUGCGUCUAGGAGACCUGCCACCAGGAUAUCGUCUUUGGAACGACUCUUCGGAAUGCACGAUGACAAUGGCGCUGCUUCGAACACAACGUGGCCUGCCUCUGGACAUGGACAUAUCGUUCAGCAACGUGCUGGAGGACGCACGUCAGUACUUCCAGGGGCUGCCGUCUCCCGCGUCGGGCCCGGGCGCUCCGCCCCCGCAGGCGCCGGAGCCGCCACCCGUGGGUACACAGUACGACGUGGCGCCCGCCUCCACAGCCGCCCCCACCGUGUUGUCCUACUGGCCGCCCCCAGCCUCCACAGCCACCACCUACCCUCGUAAAAAUGAACACCGGUACCUGAGCGCGGCGCCGUCCGUGACGACGAGCAAGCAGCAGCCGACGGUGUAUAACGGCAGCCGGCUGUCUGCGGAGCACGCCGCCUUCCUGCACCAGAGCCGCCAGCAGCAGCAGCAGCAGCAGCAGGCGGCGGCGACCAGCCACAACCUGCCGCCCAUCGCCGCCCUGUCGGGCUACCGCGCCGCCGGCGCGGCCGUGGGCGCGACCUCGCAGCAACAGCAGCAGCACGCCUCCUCCGCAAGGAUGACUUCGGGGUCGCAGAAGACGUCGCAACGCAGCCAGCAGCAGCAGCAGCAGCAGCAACAGCAGCAGGCGGAGUACGCGGCGCAGCAGAGCCGCUACCUGCAGUACCGCGCCGCCGCCAGCAAGUACCUGCCCGCCGCGGGGGCGGCCACCACGCUGCCUGCGCACACUCCGCAGCAACAGCAGCAGCAGCAGCAGCAGCAGCAGCAGCCGCAGCACUACAUCAACUACCCCACGCCACCCUCGUCUGGCUCGAGCCUCACUUCCCAGCAGCAGUCGCAGACCCAGCAGCCGGUCGCGCAGUCCCAGCACCACCCACACCUCCACCAGCAGCAGCAGCAACAGCAGCAGCUGCUGCAACACCACCACCACCAGCUCAUGCAGCAGCAGCAACAGCAGAUACAGCAGCAGCAGCAACACCUUCAGCAGCAGCAGCAGCAGCAACAGCAGCAGCAGCAGCACUACGCGUACCUCGCCCAGCACCAGGCGGCUGCCCACCAUCAGCAACAGCACCACCAGGCGUCCCAAGAGCACCUCAAGGCUGUCGAACAGCAGCAGAGCAAAGCUCGCCAAUAUUCACAGGUCCAGCCGGCAACGCACACGAGCCGUGCCGGUGCGGCAGCCCGCAGCAAGCGUGAGUCACCACUGGACCUGUCAGUGAAGACAGUGCGCCAGUCAGCUGACUCCACUGCCAAGGAUGACCCCGACCUGGCAGCAGCUCUGCACGGUGCCAAGGUGCAGCUGCCACCCCUGCAGCUGCCCUCCAGUGUCGCAUACCCCACCAUUGACCCUCGUGGGCGACAAUCUGCUGCACACAAGGUCGACUUUGUACCCAACUUCGGCUCUGCUCAACACCCGCACCACACUUACGAUGCACAGCGUCUCCAGCAAAACCACCUCCAGAGCCGUAACAGUUCCCAGCAUCAACUAUACAGUGCACAGCAUCAACAACAGCAACAGCAGCAGCAGCAGCAGCAACAACAACUUCAGCAGCAGCAGCAGCAGCAGCAACAACAGGGUAGUGGAACCCUUCCUCACAUGGGAAGCUUCAAGAAGGCCGCUGCUGCUUCUGUUCUCCAACAAGCCAGUUCUGCUGCUCCAUCCUCAGCUUAUGACUUGAACAAACAGUCCCACUACUAUGGGGUGCAGGUCCCACAGCAAAGGGCAGUGCCAUAUUCUACACCUGUUUAUCCUGGCUAUGAUUCCUCUAAGAGGGCAGCUACUUCUGUUGAAUCCUACAAUCGCACUGAGUAUGGGACUCAGGCAACGGGUGUGGCAUCCUAUGCACAGGCCAGAGAUCACUCGGCCACUACAGGCCAAAAACGUUCCUCAUGUUCAUCCGUGUCAGACACGCGGCAGCAUAUGGUAGCUAAAGUUCCUCGCCUGGACUCUUGGAGGACUGCCAUUGAGCAGCAGAUAGAGCAGCGUAUCCAUUCCUACAAUGGCCCACGACAGCAGCAGCAACAACAGCAGCAAUCUCAGUCAGAGAUCAGUCUGCAACACCAGGUGCAGAUGAAUGGCAGGCACAACUAUCCUCACCACAACCAUGUUGUCCAGUCUCAACAGCAGCAUCAGCAGGCACAACAGCAGCAGCAAGUGCAGCAACAGCAGGUGCAGCAUCAACACCAUCAACAGAAUGUGCACCAGCAACCUGUCAUGCCAUAUGGUGGUAUUGGACCUAACUAUCAGUACCAGACAGGCCACUCACUGCAGAAGCUUUUGGCUGGAUCACUGCCACCGGCACAGCACCAGCAAUCAUUGCAUCACCAUCAGCAGCAGCAGCAGCAGCAGCAGCAGCAGCAGCAGCAGCAACAGCAGCAGGUGAGAGCUUCGGCUCCUAUGACAACUGCCCAGGGCAUAGUUGACAAGCACGUGAUAAGCAUAUUGCGCACCAGCCUGGAAGUGAAGGAAGCUCGUAUCAGUCAGCUGCAGAAUCAACUACAGCAGAAUAGUCGCCAGCAGCAGCAGCAGCAGCAGCAGCAGCUCCGGCAACAACAGCAGACUCAGCCAUCUGCACAGAUGCAAGAACCUCCGGGUACCUACAAACUGCACCUCCCUAAGGCAGUCGAUUCGGUCUGUCUUGAUCACACUGCAACAGAGGUUGACCACACGGCUGCAAACCUCGCAAGGAUACGCACAAAGGCUGAACUGAAGCAGGUGGGUCAAAACUUGGAGCAGCAACUACAGUUCCGUUCACCAACACCAGGCAGUGCGACCAGCUCAGCAGGCCCUUCUCCUCGCGGCACUCCACAGCUGUUUUCACCUCCACCCCCACAGCAGGGCAGCCCACCGAAGUUAACACGUGAGCGUGUGCCUCCAGCUACCACACCCACUUCAGGUCCACCACGUCGACGGCUGUUCAGUCCUCAUGAUUCAUCUUCCUCGUCAGGUGGACAUAUGGGAGAAGACAAUCAUGGCACUUCUCUUGCGAGUGCCCGUAAUGAUCCAUCAGGCUUACGUUCCUCCUCGGAGACUUCUGUGUUUGAUUUCCGUGACAGCGACAGUGAUAGUGAGAUGCCUGUGCUUGAGAGGCAGACUCUGGACGAACUGCGCCGAGACCGUAAAUCGAUGGCCAAUAGUGCAAAAGCUGCAGGGCACCAUCCGUAUCAUCACCAACAUUAUAGCCAACAGCAGCAGCAGCAACAGCAGCAGCAGCAGCAGCAACAACAACAACAACAACAAUUACAAGUACUGCAACAACAACAGCAACAGCAGCAACAACAGCAGCAGUUGCUGCAGCAGCAAGAGCAGACAACAGAUGAAAAUACUGAUAAGGUUAGUGCUGAUAACACAGCAGCUGAAUCUGCUGAUCCAGAGUGGUCAAACACCUGUGAGCAGUUCCUCGAACAACUGCGUUCAGGAUCUGGGUCAGACCGUGUGAAACGGAAGGGUCCUUCCAAAUCUCGCAGAAGGUAUGCUAUUGGCCCACUGGCUGGCCUGGGCAAUAUUAUACGUGGUGGGAAGAAUGAAGCACCAUACUUCCAGAUUGACACCCAGCAACCACUUCAGGCAUAUACCGUUGAACCUGCAACAGCUGCUGUUACUGCUGCUGAAGCAGCAGAGGCUGAGGGGUGCGUUGAGCGUGUGUUGCAGGUUGAGAAUAUUCUGCAGAUACCGCCCGAGGAGCUCGAAAGGGUUGAGCAGUCUGAAGAUGCCGACGACAGGCCCGAUAAUGAUGAAGAGGGUAUAACUGUAGAUGUCGAAGGUGAAGACGACUCUGUCGCUCCACCACCGUCACUGCCCCCAGAAAGACCAACUCCUGUGGAAGAUCCCAUCAGAAGUGAAUAUAGGAUUGUCAAUGAUGGUGUGAUAAGGUUAGUCAAACUGGUAGAGAGGAAAGUGCUACGUGAGGAAGGUAUAAACAUUCCCAGUGAUAAGGAAUCGAGUGGGAAGUCGGGUAGAGAUGGGUUUAGGAAAAGUGGGAAGGACAGAAAAUCGAUGAGAGAUGGAACUAGGAGAAAGGAUGAAAUGAAGAAAAUGAAGGAACCAAGGAAGGUGAAACAGCACUGGAAAGCUGUAAUGAAACAGACUUUGCAACAGCCAGAAGACCAGCAACAGGAAGUGCUCAGGAAUGACACAAACGAAACAAAGGUAGAGGUAGUAGAAGAGCAGUGUGCACAAGUAGUAAAUGAGGAAACUACAUCUGUGAAAAAGUGGCAGGAAGGUGACAAUAAAAUUUCAGGAAAAGAAGCAACAAAGAAGAGAACAAAAUCAGACAUUUUGAAGAUUUCAAAGGUGCCAAAAAGGAAGUCAAAGGAAGGUGAUGAUGAGGUAGAUGUUGAAAGAGAUCAGAGUAAAGAUGUUAAAAAGAGUUUAGAAGCACUCAAUAGAAGGAAAAGUAGAAGCGAAACAUGUGCACUGAAGGAAGAUGAUGAUGUCAAGCCAUUGAAAGAAAAGGAUAUAAGACCAGACACAGAAGAGACUGACAUGGCAAAACUUAAGACUGUGACAGCAGAGAAGGAUUCUAAAUUGGCAAAUGAGAAGACAGAGAAAUCUGAUGUUAAGGAGGAGAAUGUGAGGAAACUAAUGAAUGAGAAAGAAAGCUCACUGACUGGUUUGAAUAAUCGUGGUACUUUAGUAGUGAAACUUGAAAAGGAUUUAACAAUGAUAAAGGUGGAAAAAAGUACAGUGUCUGAACAUGAAGAAUGUGAUUCUGACGAAGAUGCACCAUUAGUUGCACGGCAGCGAGGUCGACCACGGAAAAGGCAGCUACAGCAGCAGAAGGAUUUGUUGAGAUUCCACCAACGACCCCGAAGUGCUGGAGCUAUUGACGAGAAGGAUGGUGAGGACGAGAUCAGUCUGGCUGAGAUGAAAGCCCGCCUGGGGCUUGGUGGUCAGCGCGAUGCCUCUGUUGCGAGUGAGGCUGCCACCAGUGUAGGAGGUAGCAUUAGCCACAGCAGUAGCAGUGGCUCAGAGGAUGAGACGGCCAGUGAGCCGCCUAGGACACGCCUGCGAUCCAAAGAUCCCCCAGUUGCUCCAGCACCUCAGCAGCACCAGAAGAGACAAAAGAAACGCAAGAGGAGGAGGAAAGGCCUGCGAGGUGCUCAGAAACGACAGCAGCAGAAAUCAGCGACAGGCAGUGAGUUUCGACCUGGUUGGGAAGAAGAGGUGUACAGAUUUAAGCAGUCCCUGAGAAUGCCGCCAUCACUGAUCAAUAUCCCACGGCCACCACGUUCAGCCUCAUUGCCUGACCUUGACAAGCAACGUGCAAUGUCCCCUUACACUGCAGACAGUUGUUCAGACUUAGACUCGCGCUCCAGUUGGAAUCCCCUCCCUUCCAGUGCUGUGUCGACAAAAUCCUCACCAGUUAAUGCGAGUGCAAACAAUAGUGCAUGCACUGAAUCAGCAGAUGUGUCUUCAGCAGUUACACCAACACCACCAUCUUCAUCAAGAGCUACUGGUUCUGGAAGCUCUAUCGCUGAUGUUUUGGCAGACCGUUACAAGCUACAGAGAAAGACAAGAAAGAGGGGCGCAGCACAGAAAGUUGGUCCCCGCCUCAUACCACGCCCUGCCAGCAGUGGCCCGGAGCUACUACCUUCGCCAACUGUUGUCCUUAUUCGGGAAAAGGACCUUUCGUGUUCUUCAUCGCCAUUACCUUCCACUACGUCUGCAUCUACAGUGUCCAAGUUUAGCAAAAAGCUCAAGAAAGGUUGUACAGGAGGCAAACAAGAAAUAAAGAGCAGUGAAGAAACCCUUGCCAACUGUGUGCUGCCCAAAGCAGCACCUACAGACUUCCAUCAGGCAUUUCGCCAAAAUGGUGGUAUUUUGGGUGACCGAUAUGCCACGCUAGUGUUCAAAUCACGUACUCGCACCGAAUCACGUGUGAUGCGUCGACGUGCUGUCAUCCGGGAAGUGUUUGGUGUGGACGAGCAACGACCUGCUUCUGCGCCUCCAGUCCCUGGUGCUGGGCACAACCACGAACGGAGUGCUGCACUCAUCCGAAGUAAUAAGGCUGUACUCAACUCGAAGCGCCGUCUUGUCCAGGGCCGUGUGCGCAAUCAUGACUUAUUGCGUGUACUGGCUGCCAACAAGGUUUCACAGACAGCAAGUGCUAGUAGUGAGCAUGACGAACAGGACAAAGAUGCAGCUGAUGAAACAGCAAGUACCUCAGGCUCACAGAAGCGGCCAAAAAUUAGAACUGUACGCAGGAAAUUCCGUUCUGGGUUUGAUUAUAUUCGGAAGAAGAAGAAAAUUCAGAAGAGGGAAAAUACUGAGGCUGAAGCUCCAAAGGAUAGGAAAAAGGGCCCUAUUCCACGGCCAAGCUGGCAGUCUGUCCAGGAUAUAAUGAAUGAGAUAAAAAGCUGGGUAAUUAACAAAGGUUUGGGAGAGACAGUGCUGCAUCGAGCUUCCAAGUUGGGCUACACGGAUAUAGUAGCGUUUUGUUUGGAGAAAUCUGAUAAUUCUCCAUCUCCUGAAGACAAUGCUCGCUACACACCUCUUCAUGAAGCUUGUCAAAGAGGUCAUUUGGACAUUGCACGACUGUUGCUUAUGUAUGGUGCAGAUGUUAGUGCCAGUGCAUGGGGGGGCUACAGGCCACUUCAUGAAGCUGCAGAAAAUGGUCAUGUUGAAGUUGUUCGGCUGUUGUUGUCAUAUGGUGCUGAUCCUCUUUUGGCAACAUAUAAAGGGUUGACUCCUUUACGGCUAACUACUGAUGACCUCUGCAAACGAUUGCUUUCUGAAUAUCUUGCUGAUGUUCAAGGAAUAUCUGCACCAACAUGGAACUUUCUAGGAGCUGCCCAAUGUACUGAUCCUCUACAUGCGGGCUAUGAUCCAUUGGAGGACGUGCCUACCUUCGACCCUUGUUCAGAGGAUGAAGCAGAGAUUGAAUUUGAAGUCAGUGAGCAGGUCCUACCUGCAUUGUACAGAUUGCACGGGGAACCUGCGUUGGAGCGCUGGGUUUUACUGCAAGAUCUGGCUGCUGUUCUGCGCAUAAAGUCGAGAGACACACUUCUUAGACAGUUGAGUCCUGAUCCUACAAAACCCUCACCUGCUCGUGCUUUGUUGCGUGAAUUCAAAAUGGCUGACUUCCUAGAACAAGCAAAGUGCUGUCAGCUGGUGGGAGGUGGCGAAAAAUUUAAUGUGAGGUCAUCAAAGGUGGCCCUAGUGAAGUACAAUGAUAGGGUGCGGCAAUUACUCGGUGUUGAGAAGGUGUUUAUUAGGUGACAUCAGGAGGAAGCCGGUGAAUGUGACAUUUAAGUGUUCCUCUAGAACAAGAGUUGUGUGACUGGGAUAGCACUGUAUUUUUACCUUCAAAAAUUGAACUCUUUAAGUCUGCUUAAGGAAUCAAUGAAAUGUGCAAUUACUUUCAAAGAGGAUUGUUGUGAUGGUGAGCUUUAUAAUUUUGGUUCGACUGCAUUGUCCAGAAUGGUCAUGGUCUUUUGCACUUUCAUUUUUUGUAGUAUAUUUAUUCUAAGAACUUGUACAGGCCUAUUUAUUAUAAAGAUUAUGUCAGAGAAAUUGAAAAUUAUUUUAUAUCAAAUAGACGUAUAAAUUAUUUAUUAUAUUGUAAAGCAGUUUGAUUUUAUGUAAAGUGUACAUGACGUUCUAUGCUUUGGUGCUAUGAAAAAAAAAAAAGAGUUAUAUAGUUUUGUGUGGAAAAAAAGAAAACCUUAAAAAAUCUUCUAUAAAUGGUAACCUGGUCCUCUGUGAAAGUACCUUGGUGCAAUAGAAGUGAAUGUGACAUUAUGUUCACUGCUGUAAGGAAUUUAUAUUGUUUGUGUACUUAAAAUGAGUAUCAAAAGUUUUAAUUAAUGUGAAUGUUAUGAAAGCUUGUGUGAGUAGUUACAUAGAAUAAGUAUGUAAUGGUUGUUGUACAUGUUUCAGUAGCAUUUCUAUCGAAAAUUUAAUUGAUGUAAUUGUAAAAAGUAAUUUUAUGUGAAGUCAUCUCAGGGAACAUAAUAAUAAAUAUGGACGUUGUAAACAAUAAAAAGUCACGCUUAGAAUAGUAUUGUAUACAUUAUCAUCAUAGAAAAUGUUUAAAAAAGAGAAAGCUGAUCGAGUUUGUGAUUUUAAUCAUAUUUGUCUUUGUAAUUAUUUUAGGAAAGAGAUGUUUUAUGUGAGAUAAUAGCAUUCAUUUCAAAUGUGAAAAUGUGGUGACAUCUUCACAGUCCAUUUUCUAUGUGUAAAAUAUUUCAAUUAUUAUCAUUGGAAGAAUAGUGAGAUAGUGCUUAACAAGCAAAGUCAUUGGUGCAUUAUUUCAUAACAUAAAAUGUUUAAAUGUGUUUUAAGCCUUGAAACUAUUGCUGUUGUGUAUACUGUACUCUAGCAUUAAUUAAUUACUUCAAAAGAUACGAAGGAGUCAUCUGUGAUGAAGUUGAAGGGGGAGUGCAAUGCUUUUUUAUGUACAUCAUGAUGGUAUAUCUCCUUGUUAUUUUUUGUUCCAGAUUAGGAAUUACUGUGAUUGUGUGUUUGUCAGAAGCUUGUGAAGAUGGUAGUUUGUACUGUAGUGGGAAUUAUAUAACAUGUCAUUUUUCAUAGUAUUUUAUUAAAGGAAUGUAUUUUAUA